CUCGAUCCCCAGAAGUUAAUUAUCUCCUCGACUUAAUCCACAUGCGAUUAUCAUCAUAGAAUGCACCCCACUUGCUGAGAGCUGUGUUCGACGAGAAUACCGUCUGAUCAAAAUGGAAAGCGCUGCUGGCAACACAGUGCCCGAAAUCGGCUACGGUGCACAUUAUGGUAAGACCUCACCCGACGAAGUCAAGAGGGGUUGGCGCAUCUAGAUGCAAGAUAACGUAGUUGUUCAAAUACACUUCAUCUGCCAUCUCUCCAGUGAAACUUCGAGUGGUUGACACAAUACCAUAUCGAAUCCGAAGAGCGAGCAAUGUCUCCUUCGUAUCCUAACAGCCAGCGACUCUUAGCCCUGCUGAGCCAACGAGUUUCAGUUCAUCCCGCCCACAAUGCAUCUCUUACACGCCCACAGUAUCGAUACAUGUCGACUGCCUCAAAGACGCCGCAAGCUCUGCCGCCACAUUCCAAGUUACCCCUGAAGAUUCUGUUACGGUCUCUGUUGGUGGCGACCAUUUCUUGCCAUCAGAUCUUACUGGGCCCGUCUCUGGCCAUUUUGAAAUUCCUCAACGGCUCACACCGAAGCUGGAUCUUUGGCGUGCAGAGAAACCCCCUACUGCACACUAUACUAAAGAAGACCAUGUACAACCACUUCUGCGCCGGCGAGAACCGACACGAGGUGGCGUCGACAAUUGCCGAGAUCAAGCGGAUGGGUUUUCGGGGAGCCAUCCUUACUUAUGCUCGCGAAAUUGUGGUCGACAACACGACAGAAGAGGAGAGCGGCCGGGGACUGAGGGCGGAAGAUUCCGUUUCAGAAGCUGGAUUCGAUGCUGGGAUCGACGCCUGGCGCGAGGGUGUCUUGGAAACGGCGGAUAUGCUCAGUGAAGGAGACGUCUUGGCCCUAAAACUGACUGGUGCCGGUGCCGCCGUCUCAGAGGCGCUCACUUCGAGAAAGCCACUCCCGGCGCAGAUGGAGUCAGCCCUCUCAGACGUUUGCUCUCGCGCAGUGGAACGCGGAGCACGCAUUUUCAUGGACGCUGAGCAAAUAUCAGUACAGCCUGGAAUUGAUACAGUAGCAAUGGAACUCAUGCGCUGCUUCAACACAACUGGAAGACGGGCCGUCGUCUUCAACACCUACCAAGCCUAUCUGAAGAGCACGCCGGACACCCUGGCCCAGCACAUGGCGCUAGCUCACAAAGACGAAUUCGUCCUCGGCAUCAAACUGGUCCGCGGAGCCUAUAUCAGCUCGGAGCCGCGACAUCUGAUCAACGAUACCAAGGAAGCUACAGAUGACUCUUAUGACUCUAUUGCACGAGGGCUAUUAUCACAAGUAUAUGGAGACUUUGGCAUGCCGGUUGGGAAGUCUUUCCCGAGAGCCGAGUUAUUCCUUGCAACGCACAACAAGAACAGUGUGUUGAAGGCCAACGCGCUGCAGCAAACUCGUGCCAAGGAAGGGAGGCCCUUGAUCAAGAUCCAGUAUGGGCAACUUCUAGGCAUGGCCGAUGAAGUCAGCUUCAGUCUGCUCCAGCUCGCAGACCAGGGCCCCAACGCAAAGGACUCAGGAAGUGGUGCCCCUAUAGAGGUCUACAAGUGCUUAAGCUGGGGCUCUCUUGGUGAUUGCACGUCGUAUCUCUUGCGGCGAGCGGUAGAGAACCGGGAUGCUGUAUCCCGCACAAAGUCGGAGUUUAUUGCGUUGAAGAGAGAAUUGUGGAGGAGACUUACGAGUUCUAAUUGAUCAUAGUAGAGAUGAUAGAAAUAAAAAUCGCCAUGUCAUACUCCUGUUGUAAGGUAAACGAGGACCAACAAAUUCCUUACUCUCUCCUAUCAUUUUUAUGUCUUGCGUUACAACCGACCACAAUGAUAUGUAUUGAUAGGCCGUGCUGUAUAAUUUCUGAUCGACUAAUAACCACAAUGGCAUGCCCGUGCACCACCGUCAUGAUAUCGCAUUGGCUCUCGAUCGGGAGGAUUCUCACUGCGCUGGCUUGGAAGAACGAAAAAGGUACUCACGAUCAGAUCAGUCAACGCGCGCCUCAGCCAUGGUUCAAAACAACAAGUUGAAC